UCGGAGUCCGCGCGCUGGCUUCGUCGGAAGGGAGGGAGCUGACGAGCAUCGCUGAAGUUUUUACGCGUCUGUUGUUCGACAGCGCCGUCGGGUCGUUCGUCGUAACUUCUAUGUGGACGCGAGGGGGGCAAGUGGCCGAGCGUUACACCCCGCACUGAUUGAAAGCCCUACAGACCCGGAGUGGAGUGGAGGCUCCUUCACAGGGUCAGCAGACUUAAUGUCCCACACUCCCAUCUCUCACUCUUCCACUCCCAGCCCACCGACACGUGCCCACUCAGCAAAAGACGUGUGGCUCAAGGAGACGCAGACGAUGAGCAGAGACACCCGUGCCUGCAGCUGAACACCAAACCGGGGCCAGGAGACUCCCAGACCUCUUCUAUAAUCUACAGCCUGACCAUCCAUAACUGACUCUGAUUUUGAACUGAGACACUGUCAGGGACUUUGGAGUCCACCUCAUACCUUUCACCAACUUUCCUCAAUCAGCUAAGGGACCCGCGUCUGUUUAACCUACGUAGACACAUCGGGCAGGUUACCUCCGCGUUGUACUGCCAGAAGCGUGCGCGUCACACUUCCUCUCCUCCAACGACCAGCCAGACGCGUUAUUUCACGUCCCCCCCGCGUGCCGGUCUGCAUUCGCACUGAUCUGAUUAGUCCCCCUCCGUCUGUGAGCUCGGACACGCUCUGCCACACUCGGUGCCGAGCCGAGAGCAGGAACGGCCCCGCACGAGUCUGCCGACCAGGAGGGUGGAGAAGAGGGGCUUGCGGCCCGGGCUGCAUCUGGACACCAGAUUCCCAUCUGAAUCCCAUUAGCCGGCGUCCAGCCAGGCGGUAGAUAGGGGGUUACGCACGGUGUCCGAGUCCUCGGUCACCGUCGCUGGUUUUUAUCUCUCCUGGCAGCUUGGCGUGUCAUGUCAGUUUUUCACGCGUCACAGCUGCCGCAGAGUGUGUCGGGCGUGACAGGGCCAAAGUAGACGGGGCUGAUUUUUUUUCCCCGGUCUCCUCAAACGCAAGCGGGCGCGGGGGGGACCCCCCGGGGCCGAGGCCGCGCCGCUCCGCCCACGUCACCUAGCGCACAGGUGCGUGUCUGGCUCGCUUUGGCCAAAGCUUGACCCCGGAGGUCACGGCUUCCAAUCUGGCCGGUCUCCCCGUCCGUCCUAGCCUCCAGACAGUCUGCAAAUUUUGCCGCCGAGGCCCGUGGAGGAUGAGCGAUGCCCCGACGCUCGACUACGAGUUCUAUCCCGGGCACUUGCUGGCCGGGGUGCCCAGCAGUCAGCCCCUGGCGGGGGAUGCCGAGCAGAGGACGGCCUUCGCCUUCGUGGGCCUGCUGAUGCUGUUCCUGGUCUUCCUGCUGGUGCGCUGCUUCCGGAUCCUCCUGGAUCCCUACAGCCGCAUGCCCGCUUCCUCCUGGACUGACCACAAAGAGGGCCUGGAGAGGGGUCAGUUUGACUAUGCGUUGGUGUAGGCGUCAGCUUCCGUACCCCUCUGCCUUAGCCUCCUCUGUGGUCAGCCCUCACUGCCUCCUCUGACCGGGCCUCCCCUCCACCUCCCCUCCACCUCGCCUCCACUUGGCCUGAGUUAUACUGUAGUUACUCCUCAGGGCUACAGGGUUCCCCAAACCAUGAUUUGAGGCUACCCAAACCAUGAAUCACUAAAGCUUUUUUUUGGAAAAUACGUGCAUUAGAUAGAUUGAAGAAAUGGAUAGGUGAUUGGAAAAAAAGGUCUUUUAAGAAGAUUUUUGAAAAUGUAUAUAAAUAAAUCUAGAUCUCACCAUACCAAUCAUAUUUUGGCCCAUUGAAUGAACAUUUUGGGGCUCCCCGGUUAGCGAAUAGAAAUGAUUUCUAUCCCAGUGGUGAGCUACGAUGGCCUUUGUAAAAAGGUAUAGUGUGUAUGACAGUAAUCCUCCGACACCAGGUUAAGAUGGCCCUUGUAAAGCGUGUCGUGUGUAUGAUGCUAACACUUCACCGUGAUCACACUUUUAGCCAGUAUGCUUAGCAGACAUAGAUGAUUUUUCAAGGACUCGAUAGCUUUUGUAAAAUGAAAAGGCCCUUUUCUUUAUUUCAAAGAUUUCUCAUGUAGUUGAUGACCUUACACCAUCCACCCAACAAAUGCCGCUGCACCGCUUCCCUGCGACACGGAAGUCUCACGGACGUAUGGUCUCACGGAUCUGCUGUCUCAUGGAUGUACCCGUCUUGGGCAGAUUCGCAGUUAGCUCUAACCCUUUGCUUUGCUCACUAUGGGCGUUUGCUCACUCUGUGCUGUUCCCUUGAGUUUGCAGGAGGCUCAACCCCCCCUUUAUGAUGUCAUAAAAGUCCCCUCACGAUACUGUCGCAGGCAUUCGCCUUGCCCUAUGCGUUGUGCUUCUGCAAGAUUUACAAGCCAUAUCUAUCUGUUUAUGUCCUAGACGUUGCUGUGUGGCCUAAUCUCCCUAGCCGAUCUGCCAAGCUCUGUGACUCCUGUGUCGUGAAUAACUGUGCAAGUUUUAGAACCACUGAAAGUGCUUUAUUUUUGUAUUCAGACUCAGAUUUGGAGUCUCCUUUUGCUAAUAUUCUACCGUAAAUGUAAGUUUCCGAUUCCUAGCUCACUGUAUUCUCACCGGACCAGGUUUAUGAGGAACCCCAAGCAACAUGUGUGCUGGGGCAAGAACUUGUGUGGUUGCUUUGUGUUUUUCAGAUUUGUACUGUAAGUAGAGCAGAUAUUUUCCUAACUCCUUGUUUUUGCUAAGCUGGGGCAAUUCUGUGAAAUAAAAAUGGGGAUUUAUGCAAUGAA